UUUCUUCUUGACUGGUGAAGUCUAUGGAGCAGCAGCAGUUGACCCAAUGGACCAUGGAAGGAUGUGGGAUUAUACGUCAUAUUAAGAACUAAAUGGUCUUCAUGGUCUUCUCUAACGGAAAUGCAGACAGUAACUUGUCCUUGACUCUCAAUGGAGAGAGAUUCGGUGGAGUAGUGUGGUGGAGUCAGUAUGGACAGAACCAACAACAGCCGUCUGGAGUUUUUACUGCUGUGUAUCAUGAACAUCUGCUGACCAGAGAAGAAAAACCUCCACUUCAGUUUGAUCUUGCGCUUUUCAGAUUAGUGUUCAGUCACUCUUAUUCUUCACCUUCUGACCCUCGUCAUCUGACUGCUGCGAGUCAUUGCUCCCACCAUCAUGUUCCAACAAUCCCUUUGUUUGCUCGACUCAGCUCUUCUUCCUCAGCAACUGAUGAGUAGAUUGUGCUGCUUUUGCACACAAUUUCCACUGACUUCUUCAUGGUGGAACACACGGUGUGUAGCUGCUUUUUUGGAAUCAGUCAUUCCUAAACAUUUACCAGAGACGGAUAGCUGCCAGCAGAGUCCCUGCAGACGUCUCAGUAAGAGGCUAUUGCACUGGGCAACAGGUGUCCAGCAGCUGCUGGUGAUGAAAGAAGAAGAAGAUGCUACUGAGCAGCAGGAGUGCAGCUCCAGUCUGGAUCAGGAGGGACAAGAACCUCCUCUCAUUAAAGAAGAACCAGAAGAAGAUCUAGACAACAAGUUCCUUAUCAUUCCUGUCCAGGUGAAGAGUGAAGAUGAUGGAGCAACCAGCAGCUGGACUCGACACAUGAAGACAGAAGCUGAUGGAGACGCCUGUGGAGGAGCAGACACUGGCCACCAGGGCUCCCUCUCACCUGAAUGUGACACUGAUGACAGUGAGGACUGGAGAGACACCGGUGUCCAGCAGCUGCUGGUGAUGAAAGAAGAAGAAGAAGAUGCUACUGAGCAGCAGGAGUGCAGCUCCAGUCUGGAUCAGGAGGGACAAGAACCUCCUCUCAUUCAAGAUAAAGUGAAAGAAGUAGAUGUCACCCACGUUCCUCUCCCUCUCACGAAUGUGGCAUCCGAAUAUGAUGAAGUAACUAGUAGCUUGACUCAGCACAACAACACUGAAGCUGAAGGAGAAAACGAUGGAGCACCAAUGCAGAGGGACAACGUGGAGGAGCACAUGACAAGUGGAACUGAAGAAAAGCCUUUCAGUUGCUCUCAUUGCAGUAAAUCUUUUUUGCUGAAAUGGACUCUGAAACAGCACUUGACCACUCACUCUGGAGAAAAGCCUUUCAGCUGCUCUCAGUGUGGCAAGUGCUUUUCACGGAAAGACGGCCUGAAAUACCACAUGAAAAUUCACACUGGUGAGAAACCAUUUGUCUGCUCCUAUUGUGCACAAAGCUUUUCGCACAGAAGUUACCUCAAUGAACAUACAAAAAUUCACACUGGAGAGAAACCUUUCAUCUGUUCUCAGUGUGGUAACUGCUAUUCACACAGAACAAGCCUGAAGAUUCACAUGAGAACUCACACUGGUGAAAAACCUUUCAGCUGCUCUCAGUGUGGCAAGUGCUUUUCACAGAGAGGUACCCUGAAUGAACAUAUGAAAAUUCACACUGGUGAAAAGCCUUACCGCUGCUCACUGUGUGGUGAAUGCUUUUCACACAGAGAGAGCUUGAAAGAUCAUUUGAGAUUUCACACAGGAGACAAACCUUUCAGCUGCUCUCAUUGUGGCAAGUGCUUUUCACGGAGAGGACACCUGAGUGAACACGCCAAAGUCCAUUCUGGAGAAAAGCUUUUCAGCUGCUCUCUGUGUGGUAAAUGCUAUUCCAGGAAAGGCAACCUGAACGAGCACACCAAAAGUCACACUGGAGAAAAACCUUUCACCUGCUCUCAGUGUGGUAAUUCUUUCAGACGCAGAGCAAGCCUGAAGAAACACAUGAGGGCUCAUGCAGGUGAAAAACCUUUCAGCUGUGCUCAGUGUGGUGAUCGUUUUGUACUCAAAGAGAGCCUGGAGAACCACUUGAGAAUUCACUCUGGAGAAAAACCUUUCAUCUGUUCUCAGUGUGGAAACUGUUUUAGGUCUAGUAGACAACUGAAGUCUCACACGAAAAGUCAUUCCAUGGAAAAAGUCGGAGCUGAUUUUGUGACAGAGGAAAUGUAGCUUGAAAUCUGCAUGAUAUAUUAGCUUAUAUACAAAUUAUUAAGCUUUUGUAUAGAAUUGAAUGAAAGCAGUGACAUUGAGACAGUCAGUGAUCAUAGAAACGUAGUGGAUUUUUUUCCUCUUUUCAUCACAGGCCAACCGGUUCUUGCUUGCUGAAUCAAUGAGUCUGUAUUUCCUUCUUCACUAAAGUCUAAACCAUUUAUUACACGCAACGUUGUCUGACAACUUAGACGUAGACGUGGAUUGAUUUAGCAUUCUUCUCUUUUUUUUAAAGUUUUAUAGUUCUCUUGCUGUGACAGAGAGGUUGCCGUGGUUGGCUGAUAUUCAGUGAACAGAGAGAAGAGCGGUUUGUCCAGUGUUACUUUGGUCAGUGUUCCUCCACCCCUCGACUCCAUAGAGUAAGUGUGAGAGCAUCACGGUACAGUGCUGUGUUUUCAACACUCUUUCAUUCAAAUGGAAUGUGCAUUUGUACAUAAUAUAUUUCUCAUUUUCAUUCUGCGGCUUGUCAUGUGCUGCUCCCUUGUGAGCUGCUCGUCGAGAUUGAAACACAGGAAUGUCACCUCUGGUCGUCCACCAAAACAGGGAUGCCUCACUGUCAUGUCCCGGUUUGUUUGUGCUUAUAUGUUGUCAUUCGACUUCGGUCUUCUGUUCUCCCUUUGUUUUUCCUGAAGGGUCAGUCACGCAGCAGUGCAGACGUCAUCAGCUCCUUCUCUGCUUAAGUCGAUCUCCUCGUCCAUGUUUCCUGUUGCUUGAGUUGUUGUUAGUUUUUCUUCCUCCACACGCUCUUUGUUCUCUGGUUCCAGUCGUAAGCGUUGAGUCUCUGUUCAGUUACUUUACUCCAAUAACUGAUGUGAAUGUUGCUCUAGAUGUUUGAAGUAGAACAAAAGUGUGCGCUCUUCACUGCCAAAAGUCAUUUCGCUGAACUGCUCUUCUGCACCUUUGAACAAUGUGGGAGCAGCUGUUUUGUGAGUGCACAGCCAAAAUAUUUGUGUUGUUAUGGACCUGGCGCGUGGAUCUAUCCAUUUAUUACAACUGAGAAUAAUUGUAGUUCUUUCUGUGCUUCGUCAUCAUUAUUCAUAAGUCUUGGAAUUUAUUUAAAAUAACGUCCUGUAGCUUUGGACUUCGAUUUGCAUCC